ACAGUGCUAUGAAAGAAGAAGAGAAGGCGGCUCUAUGAAUGCAACCAACGCAGGAGGCUUCUGCUUUCCUCCCUCCCUGCCAGGCUGCCGCCAGCCCCUCUCUUUCGCCGGCGGAUGUGCACAGCCCCUCCCUUCCUCUCCCUCCCUGCCUUCUUCCCCCGCCGGGGCCUUUUGCCCUGUUUCGAAAACACGGAGGCUGCCAACGCCGCGCAACCAUGCCGGAGCCGCCUUGAGUCGGGGGACGGAGGGCUUGGUUGGGAGACGCCGAGGUCGCCACUCCCAGGUACAAGAGGCGGGGCCACGCGGGGGGCGUCCACACUGGGCAAUGAGGGUGCUUUGACGCCGCUUCAACUGCCGUGUCGCAGCGCUAUGUCAUCGUGGGGAGCUCCAGUUUGUUUCAAAUACAGAAGUGACAUGAGCAUGUGACCACCAAUAGGAUGUGAUUUUGAAGUAUGAUGGCACUGUUGAUGGGACCACUGAAUUUCUACAACCUUGUGUACAUCAGUGUGAUAGCUUCUGCUUCAUACAGCUCAUUUGAAAAAAACACAUCAUCAUCACUCCAACCGCAUAUAAAUGCAAAGGAUUUUGAGUAUGUGUUAACAUGGAAAACUGGAAAUAAUACGAGGAUGCCGACAUGCUUCAACGUGAUAUAUUAUUCAUCAAGUCUGGAAACAAAGUCAAAUUCAGAAAAAAAAGACGAGGGACAAGAUGCAUCUUCCAGCAAGUCCAGGUUCCAGCAAAGCGAGGAUCCAAAUCAUCCCGUCCUGCAACCAGGGGAGCCAUCUGUCUGUCCAUCUAUGCCAGAAAGAAGUGAUUGGUUCAAAAAUCACAGAAUUGUCCCAGAAUGUUCCAAUAUCACAAGGCCAUUCUGCAACCUAACAAAAGAAUUUACAGACCUUUGGACAACGUACCUCAUUUUAGUGGAGCAGGUCACAAAAAAUGGAGUAACUCGAUCAUUGAUAGAAUUCAGUCCCUACUCAAACAGCUGCUUGGGCCAGCCUCAGUUUAAUGUUUCAUCUUGUCCAAACUGUGUAAAUGUGUCAGUGAAACUUUCAUCACCCCUGCUACUGAAAGUAUACAGAGACAUUAGCUAUACAAUCAAGGUGUCAACAGCAGGUUUCCCAGACAAGCGAGAUGACAAUACAACCAAACAAGAGAGUUUCAGUGUUGUUAUGGGAAAUUUGCUUCCAAACAGAAAUUAUUGCAUUACUGUGGAUGUGUUUACAAAUUUAAAUACACAGUGCAGUCCGUCUUCCCCAAAAUGUAUUAUCACCGGGUCUAAGAAUAAAUCAAUCAAACAAUCAGAUCAUAUUAUAAUUCCAGUCUCGCUUGGGAUAUUUGUGUCAUUGAUCGUGAUAGUGAUCCUGCUUGUGCUCUAUAAAAUCGGUCUUAUCUGCUUAAGGACAGAUUGGCCAAAUACCUUGGAUUUCAUCCCUAAAUUUGCUUAUUCAACCUUUGAUUCAGUCCCUGAAGAAGUGCAUAGUGUCAAGGUCACUGAAAAAACUAAAAAAAAGGUAUGGCGCUGUGAUGAUAAUGGUGAUGGUGAUGAUUACAGCGACGACAGUGGAAGUGAUGUUGAAAAUAAUCAUUUAUAUACUGUUCGCAAGCAAUUAAAAAACGGUUCUACUGUAGACAUCGUAGAGCAGCUGUCUCUAGACAGUUCAUCUCCUGAAAAUGAUGUAAACGAGCCUGGAGUUGCUGAAGCAGACAUCCUUCAGAAUGAGAUUAGCAAAGACGAAAGUAUAACAACAAGACAACCUCUUUGUGAUUCUUCUAAAGGGAACGCUACAAAUGAACCAGAGUUGGAGCUCAGCAGCUGCUUAAAUGUGAAUUUAAAUAGUGUAAAGCUAGGAAUAUCUAUCAAUACUCAGGAUGUUCCUGCAUCACUAGACCCUCCUGAUCAUGAGGAUUCAGCCAACGUGAAAGAACCAUGCAUUACCAGUGACUCAACCCAUUUCACUGACACCUCAAAUGUGCAGACCCCCAAUGUCCAUAGCCUCUUCUCUACAUGGCAAAAUCCUGGUGCGUCUGGAGAAAGUGAGUCGUCUGAUUCAGAAACAGACUACGUUGGUGACUAUAUCAAAAGAGAAAGCAAUCAAGAGAAUAUUACCACUUGACCUUGGCCAGUUUAUUUCCAGCUUGUUGGAGAGCUGAAUAGUAUAUAUUCUGUAAUGCAUCAGUAUUAUUAAUUGUGCACAUAAAUGCAGCACCGUCCUGAAUUACUUUAUGUACCGGGUCCUAGAGAAGUGCACUUGGAAAGGACCAGGCGCAGAGCUUUUUCUAUUUCUGCCCCUGCCUUAUGGAAUGCCUUGCCGCCCUAUAUGAGAGCCAUGCGUGAGUUAGGGCCUUUUACCCUAGCACUCAAGACCUGGCUCUUUACUAGAUCUUGUAAUCUAUGUUAAUUUUAUUAAUAUUUGUAUGUAUGUAUUUUUAUCCUUUACAAUUUUAUCUUGUAAAUCGCCUAGAGCAUCGUGGAUGGAGGGCGAUUAAUAAGUAAUUAAAUGAUGAUGAUGAUGAUGAUGAUGAUGAAUUGCCACAGAAUUAACAUAUAUCUGAAUUCAGGGUUUCUGUGAGGCACAAGACUAAUCAAUAUCAAGUACAAAAAAUAAUGCUAGUUUUCUGUAUAGAUUGAAUAGAAUUAAGUGAAAAAGGCAAGUCCCAACAUUUCCGUGCAUCUCCUGUUGCUAAAGGGUAGCUUUAAAAUAAAACCUACUUUCAGACUGCACUUCUUGGGGCUUGUCUACACCAGCCCGUUACCCAGAUGUCAAACCUGGAUGUCUAGGGACUUCUCUAGUCCUUCAUGGGGGGAAACCAGACUAAGCCAGUUUAACCCAGCGUUUAGCAAAAUCAAGGAAUGCUCUGAAGUUGCAUAUAGCGACGGUCUGAAUUGCUUCAGAGUGCUUUCAUUGUGGUUUUGGCAGUCAUCGAGAAUAACCUUUGGAAUCUGAGGGGUGCUAUGUUUGUUUAUACUUCAGUUUAUUUAGGAGACUGGAAAGUCCAAUGCCAUCACUGUUACAAAAUAAGUAGGGCUACUAGUGCAAUCCAGUACUCCUAAGCUACUGCUGCUAUUUCAUAUUUAUGUUUUUCACACAGAGUGAAGAAAUUUCCCACUUCCUUGUCUCAUGUCAUUAGCAGCCUGACUAGUUCUUUAGACCACAAAUCAUUCUGCCAGCUGAUGAACAACAACCUCCGUCAGCUCUCACAACAGGCUAUGUUGAUUCCAGCUGAUGGGUUUGGAGUUCAACAGUAUCUGGAGAGCCACCAGUUCAUCACUCCCUCCUUUAGUCAUAUGCAAUGUAGUAGGAGAAGAGACAAAAAUCCAACUCUUUGGCUCUUUUAUUUUCAUCUUUGAAUAAUCUCUGAUAAAUUUCCCAUUCUAGAGAAUCUGAUUUAUAACAAUGGAUUGGAAUAGGUGUUGCCAUUUACUUCUUUUUAGACAUAUCCCAAUGUUCCUAGUGUUCAACCCAACACUAAAUAAUUUAAUUCUUCAUGUUGUUGAAAGCCAUCUUAUUUCCCUCAGAAAGUAAGUAAAGACACAGAACUCCACGAUACACUAGAAUGAGUGCCUGCUGUUUCAUGCUGGGACUCAGAGCAUCAUGUGCUUGUUCUGUUGAAUUGUCGAGUUCGCCCCAGUGAUCAGAGAACAGCUAAAUAUGUUAGUGUAUGUUAGUUCAUAAUACCCAAAUGUGAAGUUAACAAAGUUAAGCCUAGAUGCAGAGGUGUUUUUUUAAAAAAAAGAAUAAUAAAAUUUCACUUUUAAAAAAUAACUGCUGAUUUGAAGGUUGGCAGUUUGAAUCCGUGAGAUGGGGUGAGCUCCUGUCUGUCAGUCCUAGCUUUCCAUACAGGGACAUGAGAGAAGCCCCCCACAGGAUGGAAAUACUUUCAGGUGUCUCCUGGGCAAUGGCUUUGAAGACAGCCAAUUCCCUCACAUCUGAAGCGACUUGCCUCAAUUCUCCUCUGACACAAUAAAUAACUCAUACUAAAUUGCUCAUUAUGGCUACAGGCACAUUCAUAAAAUUUCCUUUUUAAAAAAAGGCCAAGGAAGUUCAAAUACAUGCAUUCAGUGCAGAAUUAGCUCUUUAAUUGUGCCAUUUUUUUCAGGACUUGGAAAAAGUAUUUCUUUGGCUACAGCUCCCAGAAUCCUCCAUCAGCAUGUCCAUUGACUAUGCUGCCUGGACUAUUUCGAUAAUUGUAGCUCCUUCCCAAAUAACUUUAUCUAACUGCACUUUCUUUAAUUUAGCAUCAUUUCAUUAUUUAAUAUUUGCAGAGGUUUUAUGAUUGCUAAAUAUAUUUGGCCAAGGCCAAGAAUACUGUGCUGUGUUUCUUUAGUUGUACCUACAAUCUUCGCAUUUCCCACUUUCCAACUCAUGGCUGCCGUGAUCUCUUUACGAAAAUUUGACACAUUCUGGGGAAGAAUUUAGGAUUUCAUUGGCACUUCCAACCUGUGGCUCUGGACUAUAUCUCCUACCUUAACAAAAAUGUAGUGCAGUUCGCCCUCCAUAUCCACAGGUUCUGCAUCCAUGGAUUUAAUCAACCACAAUUCAAAAAGUAUUUUUUUUAAUCCAGAAAGGAAACCUUGAUUUUGAUGUGCACCAAGCAGGAUGCUGAAGUGUAGCCACACCUUGCUAUAGUCUGCCAUCAUUCUGCAGAUCCUCACGCUCUCUCCGGCACUUUUUAGUUUUUUGCCAUUUUAUAUAAUGGAUGCCAUUUUACUACACCAUUGUAUUUAGUGGGACUUGAGCACGCAUACAUUUUGAUAUCCAUGGGGGAUGCUAGAACCAAACUCCUACAGAUACCAAGGACUCACUGUACUUACUAUUACACUCAGAUUGAUUUGCUAAAAACAAUGGGAGAGCUUUUUCGUGCAUGCCUCUUUUUUGUGUGUGUCAGGAGCGACUUGAGAAGCUGCAAGUUGCUUCUGGUGUGAGACAAUUGGCCAUCUGCAAGGACAUUGCCCAGGGGAUGCCCAAAUGUUUUUACCAUCCUUGUGGGAGACUGCUCUCAUGUCCCCGCAUGGGGAGCUGGAGCUGACAGAGGGAGCUCACCCGCUCUCCCCAGGUUGGAUUCGAAUUGGCAACCUUCACGUCGGCAACCCAACCUUCAAGUCAGCAGUCCUGCCAGCAGAAGAGUUUAACCCACUGCACUACCGGGGGCUCUGCCUGAUUAAAAUACUACCUUAAACUCUUGGUCAAGACACAGUUGUUUCCGUAUUAUGCUUUACUGUGGGAAAGUGACUUUUACAUCAAAGAGGAACUUGCUUCCUUGCAACCUCAGAUGUAAUUUCUAACCAAAUAUUUUAAAACAAUUAACCGCUUCCUUGGGAGUGGAUCUGCUGCUCAGCAGGAGUUUUCAGCUUGCUACUGGGAACAGUUGUUGUGUGCCUGCCUUCAAGUCCUUUCCGCCCGUUUUCUUGGCAAAAUGUGUUCAGAUGGGGCUUGUCCUUGCUUUCCCCUGAGGCUGAAAGAAUAUUAUAACCUACCCAAGGUCACCAAGUGGACUUCCAUGGCUGAACAGAGAUUCGAACUCUGCUCUCCAGUGUCCUAGUCCAAUGCUGAAACCAAUACACAGUAUUGGAUUUAAGUCCUUCCCAGGCACAAAAAGAGUUCUUCCACAUAUUUGUACACAGUUUCCUAAGAAAGGGAAAACUAUGACUCCUUCCUAAGAAAGGGCAAACUCCUGACUUUUUUUUUCUGUAUUUAUACAAUAGGACCUGUUACAGUUACUUCAGCCUUGUUUUGUAUUAUCUUUACAUUUUUUUACUAGCAUACAGUAAUUUUGAAUACUAUGAAGUACAUUAAUAGUAUCUCUAAUUUUGUUGUAUCUUUUUUAUAUCUUCUUUGAUUAAAGAGAUUAUUAAAAUGGCAUUUGAUACAUAUUGUUGACUGCAUGAAUGACAGGAUGACAGCAUACUAACAUUCAAAUCUAGUGACUAGAUCUAUCUAUGUGUUGUCGAAGGCUUUCAUGGCCGGAAUGACUGGAUUGCUGUGAGUUCCAGAAGCAUUCUCUCCUGACGUUUCACCCACAUCUAUGGCAGGCAUAGAUCUAUUUAGUUUUUGUCCGUGUGGGGGUAGUCACCUUCUUCAGGGGAGGGCUUGCACUUUGAGGGCAUUGAUCAAUCCAGAAUUGUCAUUGGAGGCCCAAGUGAAUCCAAAUGUCUUUUUUAGCUUUGACUGAUUCACCAGCCCUGUCCUUUCUUGGCCAGAGAGAAUUAUCCAUGUUUGUGUUGAGGUCUGCAAAUUUCAUUAUGCCCUAAAUCAGUGAUUCUCAACCUGUGGGUCCCCAGGUGUUUUGGCCUUCAACUCCCAGAAAUCCUAACAGCUGGUAAACUGGCUGGGAUUUCUAGGAGUUGUAGGCCAAAGCACCUGGGGACCCACAGGUUAAGAACCACUGCUAUACAUAAUACUGCAAGAUAGUUUACCUGUUAACAGAUUCUUUGACGUAUUAUACCAGUACUUAGUCAACUUUCUUGAGUCAGAUUUAAGCAACUCAUCUUAAACUGGCUCCAAUGUGUUUUAAUGAACAAUACAUACAUAUAAUAAAAUAAUAUGUUUUUGUUUCUUGCCUGCCUUUCUUCAAGGCUCGAGGCAGAGUGAAACAUUAUUCCCUUAUAUUCCCAAUCCCCCCUUAAUGUCACUGCCAGACGAAUUUCUCUGAGUACCACCCAGAUCUACAAGUCAGUGGCGAUAAGAAAGAAGGCCGUCUUCAAUGCUUCCUUCCCAAAUAGAGCAUUGCCUUUUUUACAGAGGCUUGCCUGGUGCCUGCUUUGGAUUUUCCCAGCCAUUUUGGAGCUUUUCAGGAGCUCUUUGGUCAAUUUUGACCAUUUCAAUUUUUUAAAGUGUGAAGAUCUCACUUGGCUUAAUGAUGCAACUUAAACUUGCAUUAUCUGUUCUAUACUGUCAUUUUUAAAUUGUUGAUCAUUUGAUUUAUCCACUUUUUAAUGUAUACUGCCAAGGAACGUAAGUAAUAGAAAUACAAUAAAUGCAUUAUUUUACAAAUAGUGAGCUUUACUCCAUUCUGUUUCUGGGUUUUUUUUUUCUCCUUCCCUUGUGGCACACAAUCCUUAAUGGGGAACACAAACAUGAACCUACUGGAAAGGCUGCAUUCCGUGAUGAGGCUUCAGUUUCAUGUCAAUAUCAGGAGAGGUUUCGAAAAGGAUGUUUGUUAAAUUUAUCUAACAAAACUUCCUCUUUAACUGUACUGUUGACGCUUUCUGCUUGCACCGUGACAAUACAAAGAAAAGGCGUCUUAUAUUAAUUGGUCUGGAUUGAGAGAUUUGCCUGAGUGAAACCACUCCUGCUUUUACAUAGGGGAGAAGUGAUUUAUACUUAUCCCUCCACCCAUUUGUCAUCAAAUGCUUCUACAGAGGACACUUUUAUUCCUGGAAAAGGAAGACGCAACCUCAGGUAAAGGAGCAUGGGAAAUCCAAUCCACCCACCCAUGCAAUGGAAAACAAUACUCUGUUCCUUGGGGCUAAACCACUGACUUAGGCAGGAGCUACAAAAGUUUACUUCUUUGGACUAUAUUUCCCAGAAUCUCUAAACCUGCAUGCCACUAGUCCCAGGAAACAGAUGGGGAAAAUAAGGAUUCUGGAAAUCAUAGAACAAAAAAAAACCUCUGCUAUUAGGUCUCUCAUACUGCAGUUUUAAGAACCUGUGAAAGAGCAGGCAAAGACUCUUAAUGUUAAAUAUUGUUAAAGAGAACUUUUUGUCAGCCACUUCAAAAUAAAAGUGUAUAAAUGUCAAAA